AUGGCAUUUGAUCCUGUUCUUCCACCCUUACCGGACGAAUCACCCCCAAUUACACCUCCACCGCCGGAAGGCACCCCUCCUGGUUCGUCAACAAAUUCGCCGACGAUGGAUUCUGGUCCCGUUCUCCCAGCCUUACCGGACGAAUCACCUCCAAUUACCCCUCCCCCGCCAGAAGGCAGCCCUCCAAGUUCAUCAGCAGAAUCAGAGGCGGGCUUUGAUGGAGUUGAAAUGUCCGCAGAAUUUAGGGCUCUCAUAACAAAGAGGUCGGCUAUGGGUGGUUCUGAAAUUGAUUUCGACUAUGAAAUGGGAUUGCAUGAGGAUUCCCGUAAUUCUAAUCGCGAGAAUGUAAUUGACAAUGAGAAGCUGGAUAUUGGAUCGAUUGAGCUUAUACACUAUGAAGAUUUAGUUGCUUUGGGAGACCUAGGGUCUGGAUCGUUUGCUACUGUGUGCUCUGGCAAGUGGCGGACCUCUACUGUGGCUAUAAAGAUGAUCCAAGAUUGUUUGAUUACUGGUCAUACCGCUCAAAUCCGCAAGGAAAAUGCACAACACUUUCUAAGGGAGGCUGAGUUGUUGCACCGGCUAAGGCACCCGAACAUUAUACAACUGUAUGGCGUCGACCCUGGUGAACCAUAUAGGCGAGUGAGGUUUGCUUUGGAAUUAAUGUCUGAUGGCAGUCUCAAGAAGCUUUUGGAAACGGGCAGGAAAUUUACCCUGUUGCAACAAACAGCAAUAGCCUUAGGGGCGGCCAAUGGUCUAGAGUACUUGCACUCAAAGGACAUUAUUCACUGUGACAUCAAGCCGGACAAUGUCCUAUUGGAUCUCAGGGAUUCGCGAAAUCCUAUAUGCAAGAUUGGAGAUUUAGGAAUGUUUAAAACCAAACAAGAUGCGGGCUCCAUAAGCAUGGGACCGGGGGAUGACCCCGUCUUCACCGCUCCUGAGAUCAUUAAGAAGGCCACACACCAAAUCUGUGAGAAGGUGGAUGUUUAUGCCUUCGCUUUUAUUAUGUGGGAAUUGAUGACACUUGGAGAAAAUCCAUAUCCGGACAUGCGAUACCACGAAAUCAGAGCUGCCAUUUGUAUGGGGAAAAGGCCACAAAUCCCGGACUACUGCAACGUCAUGUGGGCACAAUUGAUGGGUAGGUGCUGGGAUCAUCUCCCAGAGCAAAGGCCAACAAUGCAAGAGGUUGCUGAAACUUUAGAUAACCUGUUAGUAGAGUUUGGUCAGCUUGAGUUAUAG